UAUCUAUAGAUGAACUUUGUCAGAGUUUAUAUUGGAGAGAACAAGUCAGUUGUGGACUAGUAUUUUGCAAAAUAAAUCAUUCGUAAUGCACAAAAUAUAAUUGUAUAUGAUUAGAUAUUAUUUAUUACUAUUUAUGGUUGAUGAUAAUCGAGCUAUAUUCAUGUACAAGGAUGGCUCACAAGCUUGGGAUGCAAAAGAUUUCCUGAUACAACAAGAAGACUGUGUUGAUGUGACAAUUGAAAAUCAAGUAUACAAAGGUCCAGCCUCUCCAUUUGUUGAAGGAAACGUUGAAAAAGUGGAAUUAUAAUUGUUUUUUUCUAUUAGUUUAAGUUAUUUAUUUAUCUCACUUAAUAUAUUUGUAUACAGUUGUUCUAAAAAUGUCAAACUUUAUUUAUAUAUAUAUAAUUGGCUUUUUAGACAUUGCCAGUCUAGCCACAAUCAUGCCUUCCUUUAAUCGUCGUCUUUUAAAAUUUGGAGCUACUCAUUUACAGAUAACUCUUCUAGAGUCUCUCUUCUCAAGUUUUCAACUAAUCACUGGCCCCAUUGUUGGAACAUUAAGCGAUCAUUUUGGUCGUAAACCAUUGCUUUUGCUUUCAAUGAUUUUUAGUGUUCUAGCAUUUUUUGCAAUGGGAUAUUGCGAUUCUUAUCUGUCAAUCGCAAUAAUUCGAUUGUUAUUGGGAUGUUUCAAACAUACCCAAAUGUUAGGUAAGUCGUUGAUUGGCGAUAAUGUACCUAAAACUCAACAGUUAAGUGCCCAUGGAAAAUUGAAUAGUUUCAUUUCAUUAGCGUUUAUGAUAGCACCAAUAUAUGGUGGUUAUUUAUCUGAACGUGAAAAUGGUUUUUACUACUUGGCUUGUUCAACCAGUAUACUUUGUGCCAUAAAUGUCAUUAUUAUUACAUUUAGUGUUCCAACUAAGAUGAUUAAAACAACUGGUCUAAAAAAAAACAUGUUUCACCAUUUAAAAGAAGUCGAUUGGAUAGAAUAUUGGCCAUUAUUAUUCAUGAGAAUGAUGUACACUGCAACACUAUCGACAAUGAUGGUGACAUUUGGUUUUGUCCUCAUAGAAACUUAUAAACUCACACCGUCCCAAGUGGGUUACACAUUAUCAGUUAAUAGUUCAAUUGGUGUUGCUACCGGAUUUGCAGUUGCUAGAUUGGAGCCAUUUUUUCGUAAAUAUAGUUCAUUUAAAAAAUGUUUCUUUAGUUUUAUUUUACUGUUUGUUGGAUAUGUUUGCUUAUCAUUUGCUCUAAAUAUAACGUUUCACAUUAUAUGCAUGGUUCCAAUCAUUGCAGCUGGUACUCUUAUUGAAGUAUUUUUAAAUGAAAUUUUAUCGGAAACUUGUAUGGGUGAAAAUAGAGGGACUCUGGAAGGUGCUAUGACUAGCUCUAUCUCAAUAGCUCGUUCUAUUACACCAGUAGUAGCCGGAUUGGCUAUGGAUGUAUAUGGUUCUAGUGGAGCUUAUAUUUUUGCAGCUUUAGCUGCUAUUUCUGCUGCAAUGUUGGCCAAAUUUUAUGACAAAAAAACCAAAAGAUCAUAAAUUUCAAAAAAAUAAGUGUUCAUUAUGUUGCAACAAUUUAUAUUUUGUUUCAAACUGUAUUUUUUUUAUUAAAUUUAAAGUAUAUUGAUGGUAACAAAUCAUUUUUUUAUGAGUUUUGUUGAAUAAAAAAUAAAUAAUAUUUUAUUAUUUCAUCAAUAAUUUUGUAUAUUUAUACUGUUAAUUAAUUUAAGUUAAAAGUUUUGGAUUAAAUACUGUA